AUGAACAUCGAUAUAGACAAAAUAAUAGACCCAAUAGACACUCAUCCAAGUAACGAGCUAAUAACCCAACCAUACACCUACCUCUCCUCCAUCCCCGGCAAUAACAACAACGUCCGCACCCGCUUCAUCCAAGCCUUCAACCAACUCUACUACCACAUCACCAAUCAGGCAUUAUUAUCCGGGAUUGGAGACAUCAUCCUGAUUUUCCAUAAUAGUUCGUUGUUGAUUGAUGAUAUUGAGGAUUCGUCGAUGUAUAGACGUGGUAUGCCGGCUGCACAUACGAAAUUUGGGGUGCCGUUAACGAUUAAUUGUGGGAAUUUGAUGUAUUUUAUUGCGUUACAACGGACUCAGAAUGAAUUACCGAAAUUGGCUGGGGAGGAAGUGGAUGGGGAGAAGUUGAGGUUGGAGAUUUCGAAGAUUUUGAUUGAUGAGAUGUUGAAUUUACAUCAUGGACAGGGGUUGGAUAUAUAUUGGCGAGAUUAUUUGAGGAAGAUGGAGACGUUGCCUAGUGUGGAGGAAUAUUUGGAGAUGGUUAAGGAUAAGACUGGGGGAUUGUUUAGAUUGAGUAUUAAGUUGUUAGCAUUGUUUUCUCCUGAUAGGAAAGAGGGAGAUGGGGACGGGUUUGAUGAUUUGAUACCGGUGGCGAAUUUAUUGGGGAUUAUAUAUCAGAUUAGAGAUGAUUAUUUGAAUUUAAUCGAUACUAAAUAUUCCGCAAUGAAAGGUAUUGCGGGGGAGGAUUUGAUAGAAGGGAAAUUGUCAUUACCUAUUUUGCAUUGUCUUCGAACAACUGAUUCUUCUUCACCAGUUCAUAAGAUCUUAUAUGAAUUCCCAACUGCUGAAGAAAGAUUAGGUCAAUCGGAAUUGAUUGAACAAUGUAUAAGAUAUAUGCAAACAGAAUCGGGGUCUUUGAAAUAUACAUUUGGUUUAAUCAAACAAUUAGAAACAAAAGUUAAAUCAUUAAUCCUUAAAUCAAAUCCUCAACCUGAUUCAUUGUUGAUUCAUAUUAUUGAUCAUCUAUGUGAUAUCUAA